GAGUGUAGAGUAUUAGACAAAAGCUGAGAGGGUUUUUAAAAAGCGUUAAGAGAAAAUGAGAGAACAGAAAGUGAAACGUAAGGCGUUGGCUGGGAUAUGCCAAUUACACGAACAAUUUGCAAUUACUAAAAAUAGAAGGUUCUAUUUGUUUGUUCUCAUCAAAUUUAUACGUAAAUAGCAAGAAGGAAGCUAAUAUUACCGUUCUCUGCUUUUCGUAUAGGGCUAAACGGCGUCAUGACACCUGCACGAAUGAUCGCCUACAAGUUGCCCAACAUCCGGGUUCUCUUCAUGUUUUGUCAGCUGCUCGUCGCCACUGCUAGUAAUUGUGGGAGUGAAUCAUCUGUUCAUGGCAAAAUGCUUCGGGGUCACACUUUGAAAACCCUGGAGACUAGAGAUCCUUUAGAUUGCAUGCAAGAGUGUCACGCUUCUGUUCUGUGCCAAAGUAUAAACUAUUCCAUCUUAAACGGCAUUUGCGAGCUUAACAACCGCACAAGGGAAGCGAGGCCGGAAGCUUUGGUAGCAGACAUGGGUCACAUUUACAUGAAGCGGUGGAGCAGAAGAGGUAUAUGCUGACGGUUGUGCGAACAUUAGGCUGCAAAACGCACGUCUAAGUUUGUCAAAAUGAAUGGUAAUUUGUCAUUCUUCUUUAUUAUUUUCCUCCCCAGUUCCCCUAGGUUCCACUACUGAGUUGCCCGCGGAGUCCUGUAGCGAGAUCAAGCGCAGUGAAGGAUUACAGAUAGCCAGCGGUACCUAUUGGUUGCAUUCUUCCAUCACACUGGGUGAAGCGAGUUUGGUUUACUGUGACAUGGUCACAGUGGAUGAUCAGGACGAAUGUCAAAAUGAUUUGAUGAAUGAUUGUCAUAGUAAUGCGCUGUGCCAGAAUACAGUGGGCUCAUAUAAUUGUAUCUGUAGGCCAGGCUUCAUUGGUGAUGGAAAGACGAGCUGUAUUCCUGAAGGCAAGCAACGAUACAUGCGCAUGUCACAUGCCAUUGUUAUGUCCGAUGAUAGUUCUAGGGUAGUGGUUUAGACAACCGAACUCCAUUUUUGAUCAUUUCUUUUUCAUUCUCCACAUCCGACCCUCUCUCCAGUUCUGGGCAACAAAAACGGAAGGUUUUCCACCCUCAAGUUCUCUCUUUGUGAACAAAAUUUGAUCUCCGUGCUCCGUGAAGUAACCAG